GUUUAUAUAUAGAGUAUAGCAAUUUUGUAUUGGCAUAAUAAUGGCUUCACCUCUUUUCGGAAAAUGGAAACUGGAAAAAAGUGACAAUUUCGACAAUUAUAUGAAGGCAGUCGGUGUUAAUAUUGCGCUAAGAAAAAUGGGCGCCGUCGUUUCUUCAACAAGCGAGAUAUCCGACGUAGGUGGAAACAAAUUAAGAAUCAACACCCAAAGUACUUUCAAAUCAGCAGAUGUUACUUUUCCUCUCGGUGAAGAAUUUGAGGAACAUACCAUGGAUGGUAGGGUUACAAAGACAACCAUCGUAUGGGAAGGCAACGAUAAACUACAUCAGGUACAGAAAUGGAACGACGGGAAGAGAAUUUGUACUUUGGAUUGGAUAUACGUUGACGGUGGAAUGGAUUUGAGACUGGAAUGUGACGGAGUUGUGUGCGUACGCCAUCAUUCAAAAUGCUGAAUUAAUAAAGCUGUUUAAACAA